CCCCCGCCGCGCUGCGUCUCCCGGACCCGCAGGAUGGAGGUGCUGAACCAGCUGGUGGCCGGGGGGCAGUUCCGGGUGGUCAAGGAGCCCCUGGGCUUCCUCAAGCUGCUGGAGUGGUUGUUCUCCAUCUUCGCCUUCGCCACCUGCGGGGGGUUCAGCGGCUCCCUGCGCCUCAGCAUCGAGUGUGCCCCCCCAAACCGCACCGCCCCCAUCACCGUGGCCUUCGGGUACCCCUUCAGGCUGCACCAGGUGUAUUUCGAGGCCCCCUCGUGCGGGGGGGGUCCCCCCGAGCGGGUGUUCCUGGUGGGUGACCACUCCUCGGCCGCGCAGUUCUUCGUCACCGUCGGGGUCGGCUCCUUCCUCUACGCCCCCGCCGCCCUCGGGGGGUACCUGUUCGCCCCCCAGGCCUACCGGGCGGGGGGCCGGGGACCCCGCAUCGACCUGGGGGUGACGGCAGCCCUGGCCUUCCUGUGGCUGGUCAGCUCCUGCGCCUGGGCAGCUGCGCUGGCCGAGGUCAAGGCGGCCACGGCGCCCUCGGGGGUGCUGGCCCAGGUCGGGGGGUGCCAGCGCCCGGGGGCGCGGUGCCAGGCCCUGGGGGCACCCCGAACCUCCGGCCUCAACACCUCCGUGGUGUUUGGCUUCCUGAACCUGGUGCUGUGGACGGGGAACCUGUGGUUCGUGUUCAAGGAGACGGGCUGGGGGGGCCUGGGGGCCCGCGCUCCCCCCCCGGGGGGGGUCCCCGAAAAAGCCCCGGCCCCAGAAGGGGGAUACGGCCCCCCCGAGGGGGGGUACGGCCAGCCAGGGGGGGGCUACGGCCAGCCCGGGGGGGGCUACCAGCCCGACUACGGCCAGGGGGGGUACGGGGCCCCCCCCCUCGGAGGGGGGGUACGGCCAGGGAGCCCCGACAUCCUUCGCCAAUCAGAUGUAGGGUCCUCCCCUCCAGCAGGGGGCGCUGUGCCGAAGAGCCGCCCCGUGCGGCACCGAUCGGGGGCGGGGCCUGGGGCUGAGCCACGCCCCCAGGGGGGAGGGAGGCGUGGAGUGGGAGGGGCUUGAACCCCCCAUGGCCCCCCCAUAGACCCCCCCCCCAACAACGAAUCUCCAAAAAUCCCCCCCCAAAAUCCUCCCCACAGCCCCUCCCCCACC